AUGUCUACAGUACAUUACCAAAAAAGCCGCCGUGUUAUUUUAUGCCGUUGUUGCAAUCUGGCAUUUCGUGAUAAAAAUGAAUUACAAAAACAUUUAAAAGAUCGUAAUAACACAACAAAUGAUGGUACUUCCUCAGAAGAUGUAUUAUUGCCAACAAUAGAAAACCAUCAUCCACCAAAUUCUCCAGAAAAAUACCAAAAUUCACAACAUGAAAAUAAAAAUGGAGAGCAAAUACAAAAAUUAAAUAAUUCAAAAAACAGCAACAAAAUUCAGGUAGUCGAGUCAGGCAAUAGAGCAAACGAAAAUGCUGAGGAUAAUUCAACAAUAACAUCGGCCUACCAACUUUUACAACAACAACAACAACAUUUUAUUUUAGCAAAUUUAUGGAGCAACAUUUUUAGCCGCCAACAAACAGAACAAAAUACACAAGAAAACACUACAAUAAAUGUUGAUAAUUGCAACAAUGAAAAUGGAAUGUUCUCAUCUCAACAUGGUCAUGCAGUAUCUUCAACAAAAACAAAUGAAAGUGUUAAUAUUUUUAAUUGUCUAAAUUCCUCCUGUUCAACUUCCUCAAAUCAUUGUUCAUCAUCUUCUUCCUCUUCCUCCUCUGUAAUUGUUCAAACAACAAAAAUAGCAACAAACAAAACCUCAACCUUAACCUCUCCCUCUAUAAUUAAUUCUUCUUCCCCAACAGAUUCGGAAAACGAUUUAAUUUUAACCACAAAUACACAUUCGAUUAUAAACACUAAUCAUCGCCCAGAACAAACUUCGAAAGAACAACCAUGUGUGCAAUGUGCUCUGUUAAAACCAAAGUUGCUAGCAGUCAACGAACGCUCUUCCUAUUUGGAGGCGUGCAACACAACAUUUCAGGUAAAGAAAAGUAUUUUAGAAAACAAUAAUAAAUGA